CAGUCUUUGAUUCCACACAGAUACCCUCAAAUGAACGCAGUGAAAUGCUUUUUGCUGCAGCAUGUUUCUAAAAUAAGCUCAUUAUAGCCAAAUAUAUUUAGCAGCUUUUAUACUAAGUGAAAGACGAAUGUGCGACGAACUGGAGUGACGACAUACAUUGUCAUGAAAUUUAUUAUAGAUAGCAAAACCCUCAUGCCUGUUUAUGAGUGUGGCUGACACCACGUGGACAAAGAAAAAGAAGUGAAAUUUUCCGCGGAGCCCGGACACCUCUGCAGAACAUGGCGGCCCAGAAGGCAAAGCAUCCACCGCUCGUCCUGGAAGACGGUGCCGUAGUGCGGCAGCUGAUGAGCCUCACGGUGCCCGAGGACAGCGUGGAGGAAGUGCUGGACUUCGUAAAGAAUGCCAUCCUGGACGCCAUGUCCGCCGAGAACACCCGCCAGUCAACGCGCUCGUCGAGCGGUCGAGCGCCCGAGGACGAAGCACUGGAGCGCCGUGCAGCGGCUGCUUUCCGAACGGCGGCGUUCCAGGCCGCUGGUGUCGAAGAGCCGGAGGACGCGGCCAGUCCGCUGUCGCUGGUGGCGCUGAUGCGCCUCAUCCAGGAGGAGCUGGUCACUGACGCCGAGAGCUUGUACAGGCCUGCCUCUGCGAGAAACAGUUCCGAUCACCAGGGACCAAAAGCGGGGCGCCCAAUUGGAGCACGUCGUUAGGCACUGUACAAGGCCCGAUGUUGGUCGUGGGACAUGAUUUCACCACUUGCUAAAAAGGACAUCCUCGGGUCCAAGGCCUCUGACAAUCAAGAUUGCUGACGAUCUCGAAAGGGAAUGUGCAAUAAUACAUUCUCAGCUAAUAAAUUCUUCUAGGAAUGUUUUGCAGUUGUCUUGUUUUUUUUGUGUGUGUUUUUAUGUAUC